GACAGCUUCUUCACAUCUCUAUUAGACCUUGUAGUAUGCUUACCUAGGACUGAGAGGGACUUUCAGUAUUGAACAUGAUCCCAUAUGGACAACGCAUAAACAAAAACGAGAAACAUGAAGAGAGACUGGUAAUGUUCACCAAUCAGCAAGAGGAUUCUGAAAGAUGUGAAAGCAUGGAGUUGGACAAUAAAAUCCGAGAUAUGAUUGAAAGAAAUGAUUCUCCUGAUCUUAAAGGGGCCACCCCAGGAGCCACUCCACGUCACAGAAAUUCAUGUUCUCUAAAGCAACACAUUCUUCUCUUUCUGUAUUCCUGGCUCUUCUGUGCUCCCUCUCCUCGAAGCUGGGAAUGAAGUCUUCUGCUCUACCAUGAUCCAUUUGUGUAGCUCCAAGCAUCAUCUUUUCACAUUUUUAUCUCCAUUACCCAGUAUUCCAUUACCUCAGUGCCCUAUGAAAUGAUGAGUCAACUCAUUAACAUUAAAAUAUUAGUGCAAAAGAAAAAAAAAGAUUGAACUGCAAAUGGAUCAUGGAGAAAUCUGGACUUAACCUAUGGUCAAGACAGCCUUAUACUUGAGAACCAAGUUU